AAAGUCCCGUGACGCCCGCGUGACCCUCCCACAGCGGGACUACCCUUCCCAACAUGCCGUGCGCGGCACGGAGUCUCGGGGCCUCCUCCUUGAGGAGGCAGGGAUAGUGCCUGAUCCGUAGAACCGUGCUAGUCCCAUGGAGACUCAGCCCCCGAACGCUGCUCUCGCAAGGCGGUGGGGAACUACGCUGUGAGCCUCGUGGCCAGAAGGGCGGUGCCGAGUGAUUUAUCAUCAGGCGCUACGUGGGGCACCCUCCGGGGCGGGACGAGUGUCCGGACCGAUGGAGCCCCGACCUGCGUCCCGGAAGUGUCUGUGAAGAGCGGGCGAUGGGACCGGGGUCCUAGUAACAGGCGAGAGGGUUGGGAGACGGCGGCGGCCGCCGCCGCCAUGGCGGGUCUGGGCUCCAGCUCCUCCGAGCACUUCGAGCGGCUGCACGAGAUCUUCCGGGGCCUGCAGGCGGAGCUGCGGGGCGUCCCGGAGAGACUGCGGGGGAGCGCGGCCGAAGAGAAGAAGAAAUUAAUACGAGAAUUUGAUGAGAAACAACAGGAGGCAAAUGAAACGCUGCGGGAGAUGGAAGAAGAACUGAAAUAUGCCCCAGUGUCCUUCCGCAACCAAAUGAUGAACAGAAUCCGGACCUACAAGAGAGACCUUGCCAUGUUCCAGAGAGAGAUUAAAAGCACAGAUUUGGGGUUGGGUCUUGGAAGUCGGGGGGACACAAAAUACGGAAUCUAUUCCAUGGAAAAUGAGCAGAGUACUCAUUUGCAGUUGCAGAGGGGAUUGCUUCUCCAGGGGACAGACAGCCUGAACCGAGCCACUCAGAGCAUUGACCGUUCGCAUCGGAUCGCUGCAGAGACGGAUCAGAUAGGUACCGAGAUAAUCGAGGAACUUGGGGACCAGCGAGAGCAAUUGGAACGCACCAAAAGCAGAUUAGUGAACACAAGCGAAAACUUAAGCAAAACCCGUAAGAUCCUGCGUUCCAUGUCAAAAAGAAUUAUGACAAACAAGUUGCUGCUGUCUGUCAUCAUCAUCCUAGAACUAGCCAUCCUAGGAGGCGUGGUCUACUACAAGUUCUUCCACAAGAGCUGAGCUUGCGCAGCCUAGAUUGGUGUUCCCCUUUUUGUCAAGGACUAUGCAUGGACAAAGCUGAGAAACUGGGUGGCAGUAGCUCCAGAAGUGGAUGUGAUGUCUAUUCCAUUUGAAAGUCCUGUGGUUGAGCUGUCAGGUUCUGGCAGCAUUUUCAACUGAAUUCUCUAGAAAGACAUGCAGGUUAUAAAAAUUCAAAGACUGACUGAAGUAAUGGUAAGACAGUACUAAGGUAAUUGUUUUAUUACUUUACAUCUAAAUGAAUAAAACAGUUAUUGGUCAAAUGGAAAAAA